AUGAAGGUGGCAGAGGACGUGCUCUUCACCACUCUAAAAGUGAAUACGCCAUUUGAAGCCCUACAAUUGACGCAAAAGCAGACCUCUCGAAAGUUGUCAUACAGCAUUGGACACGCGACGAACAACCUUAACUUAGGCUGUGACUGUCUGGGCGUGAUCAAAUACCUUGACGGCGUUGUCAUCGACUCAGAGGGACAGGGGGCAAUAACCCCCCACGUCAUCUGCCUGCACGAGCAAGACAACGGCAUCGGCUGGAAGCAUACCAAUUGGCGGACUUCACGUGCUGUCGUCACCAGGAAUCGUGAGCUCGUCGUCCAGUUCGUCGUUACCUUGGCCAACUACGACUACGCUUUCGCGUACAAAUUUGACCUUUCUAGAAGCAUCACCAUAGAAACUCGAGCCACCGGCAUUCUCAGUGUUGUCAGUAUCGAUCCAGGAAAGAGGAGCAAGUAUGUAAACGUUGCCAGUCCCGGCGUUCUUGCACAGAAUUACGAGCAUGUUAUUUGCGUCCGUAUGGAUCCUGCUAUCGACGGUUAUGACAACACCGUCCGUUGUGGACCCAAGAAUCCGGUGGGAAACCUCUACGAGGUCAGACGCGAGCCUGUAGAAAAGUCGAAAUGGGUGGAUGCCACCACACAGCACAAUUUCACACCAGCGGACACGCAGCUCCUUCUGGCUCAGCGAGAAUCUAUCCAGGCCCAGCGAGCUCUUUUCGCGCAGCAUCACGUCUGGAUUACCAGGUACUUGGACCAAGAGCUGUAUGCAGGAGGCCGGUACCCAUUACAGAGCAAGAAAGAGGUUGGAGGAGUCGGCGAUGCGGGGAAGCGGGAGAAUAAUGCCUGCCGAGGUCCGUCAGAUCAGACUGCGCCCGACAGAUUUCUUCAGCCAAAAUCCAUCCAUUGA